UUCCCACUUAACAGCUACAAUUGUACGUUGUGCUCCAGUCAACAUGCGCGCUUUUAUCAUUCUCUGCCUGAUCGCUGCCAGCUGCAGUGCCGAUAAGCUGGGCUACAACUAUCAGCCGGUGGCCCAUGCCGACGAGGGUCUUUCCUUCCUGCCCGGUCUAGGCGCUGAGCUGCCCCAGUUGCAGCUGCAGCCCGUGCAGAGCGGCGAGGCAGUGCUGUCCCAGCCCAUUGAGGCUCCCGCCACCAUUCAGACCGCUCCAGUUGUUCCCCAGGCCGCCCCUCAGAUCGAGGAGUUCCAGAAGGAGUUCUACAGCUAUGGCCCCGAGGAGCAGUUUGAUGAGGGUGCCAGCAACCAGCAGAUCGCCGAUUCCCUGAAGAAGAGCUUGCGCGUCGUCUUUAUCCGCACUCCCGAGAACCGUGGCUUCGAGCAGGCUGCCCUCCAGCUGGCCAAGCAGUCCGCCCAGCAGGAGACCGCCAUCUAUGUGCUGACCAAGCAGGGUGAUGUGGCCAACCUGGCCAAGCAACUGAAUGCCUUGAAGACCAGCUCGGUGAACAAGCCCGAGGUACAUUUCGUCAAGUACCGCACCCCCGAGGAUGCUGCCAAUGCCCAGCUGGCCAUCCAGAACCAGUACAACCAGCUGCCCGGAGUCUCCCGCAUCUCCAACGAGGGUCGUGCUCCCGUCCUGAACUUCGCCUCUCAGCCUGCCAUCUCUGCCAAUGUGGCUCCAGCUGCUGCCGCAGCUCCCAGCUCUGAGUACCUGCCUGCCAAUGUGGUUUCUAGCCAGGAUUACCUGCCUCCCACUCUGCGUCGCUUCCGUGUCAAGUAA